CCUGGCUUCCUGAAGGGGGCGGGGCAAAUAGCUAGAAUUCACUUGUUGCUUCCCGGAUCCCAGAGAAACUUUUCUUCAUAUUAAAAUCUAGUCACCUAGUAAUAGAUACAACCAUGACACAAUACAAAAGAUGACAUAUAACCUCUAGGUAUAGAAGAUAAUUUGGACUGACACGAUGCCUCCUACUUCCCCCGGUCGCCUGCUUAGUACCAGACUAUUCAUUUGCCUCUCUCUGGGCAUGUUGCUCUGCCUGGCCCUAAUCUCUCUGAGGAACUACGUACCGAUACACUACCGCUAUGUCUCCAAGACGACUCUGGGGACCGCCAGCGGAGACCUCACCUCCCACAACUUCGCCAUAGUGAUUGAUGCGGGGAGCAGCAGCAGCAAGGUGCACCUGUUCCACUGGCCCCCCCACGAUGGUAACCCCCAUAAAUUGCUCGAGAUUUACCCCCUCACUGAUGUACAGGGCGACCCACUCGUCAAGAAGGUGGAACCAGGUAUCUCUACGUUUGCCUCCACCCCAGCAGCUGCUUUUAACUCCCUUGUUCCUCUCCUGGCUUAUGCCAGUCACCACAUACCCUCUGUCAAACACCCACACACAGUGCUAUACGUACUGGGCACAGCUGGCAUGAGGCUCCUGUCGUUAGGCCACCAGGAGAGGAUAAUGGACUAUAUUGCAGCUGCAGUCAGUAGAGAGUAUCCGUUCCAUCUAUCCAAGGACGGAAUACAAGUCAUUAGUGGAAAGUUGGAAGGUGUAUUCAGCUGGAUCACUAUCAACUACCUCCUUGGAAAUUUCUCCCCUGAGAGCCACGCCCACGCCCACACAGCUGGUAGCGAGCACAUACACACUGUAGGGGUCAUGGACAUGGGUGGGGCUUCCCUGCAGAUUGCCUUUGAAGUGCCUCAACAGAUUGAGGUACACAAUGACAAAAUUGUCGAGAUUAACCUCGGCUGUGGUCUCCUUGACAACGAGCACAAGCACAGGGUGUACUCUAUGACUUACCUUGGCUACGGCAGUAACACAGUGCGGACCAAAUACUACACCAGUCUGGCUAAGCACUUCAACACUAGUAAUCACACGGCCCUCCGCGGUCCCAUCUUGAAGGACCCGUGCAGUCAGCAAGGACUCACUGAGAACGUCACUCUGAGUGCCAAUCGUUGGGUGAGGGUGAGGGGGUCUGGGAACUUCCCCUCUUGUAGGACGGCCCUGCUAACUGGGACAGCUGUCUCUAACGGAAGCUGUGGACCGAAGGCUUGUCUAGAAGGAGAGAAGAGUGCCUUUGAGAAACCUCCUGGUUAUCUUGGCUAUGCCUCCAUGAACUUCUACGGGACGUCAGAGUUCUGGUACACAAUGAGAGAUGUACUGGGAAUAGGCGGAGCUUACUCUGCCCGUGAAUUUGAGAGGAAGAGCACAGAAUUUUGUUCGACUGAGUGGCGUCUGGUCAGAGAUCGUUUCGCCAGAGAUCUCUACACCUACGCCAAUCUGUACAGGCUGCGGAGCCAGUGUCUGAAGAGUGCAUGGCUGUCUGUGGUUUUGCACGAGGGAUUGGAGUUCCCUCGAGAGUCUCUCUCCCUGAGAACCCUCUCCACCCUCCGAGGGCAGAGCGUGGCUUGGCCUCUUGGAGCUCUCCUCUACCUCACCAGAUAUCUACCACUCAGGGAGGUUCAGCUUCAACAACAGCAGCACAGGUCCACUGUGGCAUCUCAAUGGGAGCUCCACUCAAUCACACACUCCACACUCACACUCCCUCUACUAGCCGUCCUCUGUGUCAUCCUCAUUCUUCUUGCCUGUCGCCAUCGUCGAGGGCAACACUCCCCCCUUCUCUUCCCUGGCUCGAACAUCAGUCUCCCCCGCAGCUUCUCUCAGGCCUCAGGGCUCAAAGUUCAUCGAAGAGCUGGCUCUGUGUCUAACCCCUCGUUACCACGAAUACAAAGCAGCGGCAACAUUGACUGGAUAGUGUAAAUUGAUAUAGAUAUAAUUUCAAGGCUAUGUUUAUAAUUGACCCCAAAAUCAACAUUAAUUAUAAUUUCAUCAUUAAUAACUAUUCAGUCGAAUCAUUAAUUUCUCACACCACAUUCUAUCAUUGAUAAUAUGAUAAUAGAUUAGGAUAUAAUAUAUUAUAAACAAGAUGAAAAUGAAACAUAACAACAA